AUGGAAGCCCUGCCUGCGCCUUUAAGGGGCUGCAGGGGGCGGAGCCUGGCUCGCGGCAGGAGCAGCACUCAGCUGAUGAGCGCAGUCGGCAGGCAGGACCGCGGCAGCAGGCAUGGCAGUGGAGCCGCUAACCGUGUGCGGCUGUGUUUCGUUGCAGAGGCGGAGACCCGGCAGAGGCUGCUGCGCACCGCGAAGAAGGAGGUGAAGCAGAUCAUGGAGGAAGCCGUCACCAGGAGGUUUGUCCACGAGGACAGCAGCCACGUCGUGUCCUUCUGCGCUGCAGUGGAGGCCUGUGUUCUGCAUGGCCUGAAACGGCGAGCAGCCGGCUUCCUGCGUAGCAACAAGAUAGCGGCGCUCUUCAUGAAGGUGGGGAAGAGCUUCGUCCCAGCGGAGGAGUUGUGUCGGAAGGCCCAGGAGCUGGAGCAGAUCGUCCAGACAAAGAGAAGUCACAGCUUGCAGAGUCAGGACGGCCUUCGCAAGAUGCCUCGCCUGCCCAGCCUCACUCCGCAGGGAGGCAAGAACAUGUGGAUCCGGACGGCUCUAUUCGAGAAGGUGUUGGACAAGAUUGUCCUGUUCCUGGUGGAGAACGGCAGCAAAUACUACGAGAAAGAAGCUGUUCUCAUGGACCCUGUGGACGGACCGAUCCUGGCCUCCUUGUUAGUUGGACCUUGUGCUCUGGAAUACACAAAGAUGAAGACCGCCGACCACUUCUGGACGGACCCGUCUGCUGACGAGUUGGUGCAGAGGCAUCGUAUCCAUGGUGGCCACGGCAGACAGGACUCUCCCACCAAGAGGCCUGCACUGUGUAUCCAGAAGCGCCACUCCAGCAGCAGCAUGGACGAGCGGCCGUCCCCUUCCCCGUCGGCUCGUGAAUACGUGGAGUCGCUUCACCAAAACAGCCGAGUGACCCUCCUGUUUGGCAAGAACAACGUGCUCGUCCAACCGAGGGACGACAUGGAGGCCAUCCCAGGUUACCUCUCUCUGCACCAGCACGCUGACCUCAUGACCCUGAAGUGGACGCCCAACCAGCUGAUGAACGGCUCUGUUGCCGACCUGGACUACGAACACAGUGUGUACUGGGACUUUGCCAUGACCAUCCCUCUGGGGGAGAUAGUUUACUUACACUGCCAUCAACAAGUGGACAGCGGGGGGACGGUGGUGCUGGUCAGUCAGGACGGGAUCCAGAGACCUCCAUUCCGCUUCCCCAGAGGAGGCCACCUGCUCCAGUUCCUCUCCUGCCUGGAGAACGGCCUGCUGCCCCACGGCCAGCUGGACCCUCCUCUCUGGUCCCAGAGGGGGAAGGGGAAGGUGUUUCCCAAGCUGCGCAACAGAGUUCCUCAGGGACCGGGAUCCUCCGACUCCGUCUCAGAUAAGGAGGAGGACGAGGCCACGGACUACGUCUUCCGCAUCCUCUUUCCAAACAGCCAGGCCGAGUUUGUGACUCCUCCAGACUUGAUGGAUCAGGGAGCUGCGAUGUGGCAUCCCUCUCUCAGGAAGUCGUCGUGUAGGAGGGUUAGGGUGAUGGCUUGGUGAAGUUCUGAAGCGAGUCCUUGUCCCUGCAGGGCUCCUCUGAAGCUGCUGUGCGACAGCAUGAAGAACCAGAUCAUCUCCCGGGCCUUCUACGGCUGGCUGGCGUACUGCCGUCACCUGUCCACCGUGCGCACGCACCUGUCUGCUCUCGUCAAUCACACCAUCGUGGCGCCCGGCGACGCCGACAAAGGGCUCACCGCCGAGGUGUGGCACACGUUCCUCCAGGACGGCACAGCGUACGAAGAGGAGGAGCUGCUCCGCCUGGUCUACUUCGGGGGCGUGGACGCCUCGCUGCGGAAAGAGGUGUGGCCUUUCCUGCUCGGCCAUUACCGCUUUGGAAUGUCGGCAGCUGAGAGGAAAGAGGUGGACGAACAGGUCCGGGCGUGCUACCGACAGACGAUGCGCGAGUGGCUGGGCUGUGAGGAGAUCGUCCGGCGGCGGGAGAAGGAGCAGCAUGCUGCUGCGUUAGCUAAGUGCUCCUCGGGAGCGAGCCUGGACACCUCCACCCAGAAGAGGAGCCACCACAGCUCCUCCGUCAGCAAUGAGUCCCAGUCCCCCCAGAGCUCCGACAGGCCGAGUCUGGCUCGCCUGCAGAGCGACUCCAGCAGCAGCGCUCAGUUGUUCACGUCCUCCCAUCGCUUCCCCUGGAGUAGCCUGCUUCCCUUUGGCUUGUUCUUUCAGGUGUUUGAGUCUGUGGAGGAGGUGGAUCAGAUCGAGACGGAGCCUAAGAGCGAGGAGGCGAAACAGGUGCCGAAGAUACCCAGCGGAGCUCUGCAGAACGGGAUCAACUCUCCGGACUCCGGACAUCCCUCCUCCCGGAACUUCUCGGUCACCUCCGGCCUGUCGGACGGCUCCCUCAGCACAGAGGACAGCGCUGCGCCGGAGCCACAGAGCCCGGCCCACACGGCACGGGGAGAACGAGAAGGUCCGCCGGAGGGGAAGGACGGCCGAGUGAAGAACCAAGAGGAGCAGGAGGAAGCACCUGAUGGCGCCCAACCUGCACAUACUACCAAGACUGAGGAGCUGGUGACGGUCCACACAGACACAAGCACGCAACCCAGAACACAAGAAACCGCUGAGGAGCCGGGAGCCAUUCAACCAGAGCGUGACAGGAAGGAUGCACCGGCAGACAGGAAGGGAGUUUCAUCCGGAGAGUCACAACAGGAAGUGCCUGGUGAGGACGCGAUGACGGCGGCUGCUCGCGGAUCAAAAGGAGAACCUGGUGAGCAACGUCUUGAACAAAGUGUGACAGCGAGUCAUGAGGAAGCUUCAAAGCGGGAGAAAUCUGUAGAGACAAACAUAGAAGAAGUGGAUGAAAUGGACGGAUCAAAGUCAAAGACACCACGAGGAGCUGCGUUGGCCGACAGAAGAGAACACAAGACUCGUGGAGUCGCACAGAGCCUCGUUCUGUCACCCGCCAGCGGGGUCUCGGCAGCAAGAGAGGCCUUCUCCCCCUCCCCGGCAGACGAGGCUCAGCCGACGGCGGAUUCGGAUGAGUCUCCCUCCGCCAUCGAGAUGGAGGACAUCCCCAAAGCCAAAGUGACCAUGGUGCCUUUGAGCAGGAAGUCUUCCCCUGAGGACUCGGCCCCCCCCACUGAGCAGCGAGAGAGCGUCCUGAGUGAGGAGCCGGAGAGGCCGUCCCCCCGGCGGCGCUCUCUGGCCGAGUCCGGAGACGCCAACGGAGCCGCGGGGGGCCCCUUCUCUAAAGAGCUUUUGGACUUGUAUACAUUAAAUCUGCACCGCAUCGAAAAGGACGUCCAGCGCUGCGACCGGAACUACUGGUACUUCACCGCCGGCAACCUGGACAAGCUGCGCAACGUCAUGUGCAGCUACAUCUGGAGGCACCUGGACAUCGGCUACGUCCAGGGCAUGUGUGACCUGCUGGCCCCGCUGCUGGUCGUCCUGGACGACGAGGCUGUGGCCUUCAGCUGCUUCUCUGAGCUCAUGAAGAGGAUGAAUCACAACUUCCCCCACGGAGGAGCGAUGGAUACCCACUUUGCCAACAUGCGCUCUCUCAUCCAGAUCCUGGACUCCGAGCUGUUUGAGCUGAUGCACCAGAACGGAGACUACACCCACUUCUACUUCUGCUACCGCUGGUUUCUGCUCGACUUCAAGCGAGAGUUUGUGUACGAUGACGUGUUUGCAGUGUGGGAAACCAUCUGGGCCGCCAAGUGCGUCUCCUCCAGUCACUUCGUGCUCUUCGUUGCUCUGGCGCUGGUGGAGAUCUACAGGGACAUCGUCCUGGAGAACAACAUGGACUUCACUGACAUCAUCAAGUUCUUCAACGAAAUGGCUGAGCGCCACAACAUCAAGCAGGUCCUGAGCACGGCCAGAGAUCUGCUGAGCAAGGUGCAGAUCCUGAUCGAGAACAAGUGAUCGGGCUCUUCGUCUUCUUCCUUCAAGGAACGUGUCAGCGGCGGCACGCGGUGCACCGGAGCUCUCUCGCUCGCUCUCUCUCUCUGUCUCUCUCUCUCUUUCUCUCUCUCUCUGUCUCUCUCUCUCUCUCUCUGUCUCUCUCUCUCUCUCUGUCUCUCUGUCUCUCUCUCUCUCUGUCUCUCUCUCUCUCUCCAAAGCCUUUCCAGUCACAGUGUGCUGCUCUGAGCCUUAUUGACUGUAUCCACAUGUGUGAGGAUGUGAUGCUUCUUCUGUGUCAGUUUGUUCAAGUGAAAACUAAUUCAUCUGAAAAAGAUUUUCUUUCAUUUCUAAAUAUCUCUGUAGGAAAUUCCUUUUGUGUCAAUCUUAAUCCGAGUGCAACAUUUGAGAUAAUAAUGGUCUUUAUUUGCACAUUUCAAACCAAAUUCUAGUGCAAAGGUCCACCAGAGAUUAUCUGUAUGCAAAGAGCACAUUGUGAUGAUAGUUUAUAAUAAUUAUUUUUCAACAAGUCUACAAGAUUAUACUUUAAAUAUAUAAAAAAUUAUAUUCCUUUCCCCUCAUGUCAGCAGACGCUGGCUCGUAAUCCUUCAACUUCAUUUCUGUUUGACACUCAACAUUAAGAAUGAUUUAGUCUCUAGUCCCACGUCUGUGAUUUAGCAUCCCACAGUGUUUAAAAUGUUUUAGUUGAACUGCCUCGUCUGCCAAAUAUGGUCUUUAUUUGUUAUGUGUGAAUUGUACUGUACUGCGAGAAAAAAGUGUUUAACUUAUGAGGAUUAUAAUACGUCAAAUCCUAAUAUUAAAGUGACUUACUGUGCAGAGAUUUAUAUACAGCAACAAGCCUCUUCAGUUGUUUCCUUAUCCAGUGAAACUCCAUGUUUGGUAAAUUGUGCAGUUUACUCAUCUUGAUUUUGGUCUUGUUUUGUCUGGCGUCUCUUCGUUGAUUUAAAUGUUAAUUUCCACUUGAAUGUGACGCUGAGUUUGUAGAAUCAGACGAGCAGUGGAACCAGGAGUCUCAAGUUUCAAGUUUCAAGUUUUUAUUGUCACAUCCCCUUUUAUACAAGUAUAAUCGGUUCGUGAAAUUCUUAUGUGCAAAACACCCGACAGCAGUAGCAGACUAAAAAAAAGAAUAAGAAUGAGAAUAAACUAUACAAUAUCCACACACAAAAAAGAAGAAAGUAUUAACAAUAUAUAUAUAAAACAAUGUAAUAGAAUAUACAUCAUGACAAUAUAUAUAUAUAAAACAAUGUAAUAAAAUAUACACUUUUUGAGACUAUAUAUAUAUAUAUAUGUAUAUACAUACAAUAUAUAUAUAAACAAUGUAAUAAAAUAUACACCAUGGCCAUAGAUAUUCACAGAAUAUGUUCUGGUGUGUAGUGUUAAUGAGGGUCUCAGUCCUUGUUCAGCAGCCUGAUGGCCUGACUGAAGAAGCUGUCCCUCAGUCUGUUUGUGCGGCACUUGAUACUGCGGUAUCGCCUGCCUGACGGUAGAAGGUGAACAGUUUGUGGCCGGGGUGGUUAUUGUCUUUCAUCAUCCGUUUGGCCCUGGCCACGCACCGCUUGGUGUAUAUGUCCAGGAUGGAGGGAAGCUCACCUCCAACGAUGUACUGUGCCGACCGCACCACCCUCUGUAGUGCCCUACGCCCCAGGGCGGUGCAGUUCCCGUACCAGACGGUGAUGCAACCUGU